AUGGGUAUUGAGAAGAAAAUGUGCCAGGAGCCGGAAAUGAUGAGAAGCAGAACUGGGCUGCGUCACCUUCCACUGUUUUCAACCACUUUGCUACAAGUGGUCUUUCCGUGGCGUGCGAUGAAAAACGAAGGACCAAAGGCUUUGUAUCAAGGUUUGACACCUGCACUAACAAGGUCAGUUGUUUAUGGAGGACUCCGCUUGGGCCUUUAUGAACCCUCUAAGUAUGCCUGUGAUCUUGCUUUUGGCUCCUCCAAUGUUUUAGUUAAAAUUGCUUCGGGAAUGUUUGCUGGUGCUAUUGCAACUGCACUGACCAAUCCAAUGGAAGUUCUCAAGGUGCGUUUGCAAAUGAAUCCAGACAUGAGAAAGAGUGGACCAAUGUCAGAGCUUCAAAGGACUGUAUCUGAAGAGGGAAUCAAAGCUUUGUGGAAGGGGAUGGGCCCUGCCAUGGCCAGAGCAGCUGUCUUGACUGCAUCCCAGCUGGCUACAUAUGAUGAAACCAAGCAGAUUUUAGUAAGGUGGACAUCUCUCGAAGAAGGAUUUCCUCUACAUCUGAUCUCAAGCACUACUGCGGGCACACUGAGCACCCUUGUAACUGCACCCAUAGAUAUGGUUAAAACACGUCUCAUGCUGCAACGAGAAGCCACUGGAAUUAGAAUGUAUAAAGGGGGGUUUCAUUGUGCAUACCAGGGAUUUUGGCGGGUAAGUACAUUUUUGGAGAAUUUGUGUAAAGAUACAGACUCGUAG